AGUUUGAGGGAAACCUUGCUGUUCAAGUUUGCGAAGAUUACUUUAUCUGUUAUACGCAUUGAAAUCUUCAGCCAAUUCCUACAUCUCGCCAUCAAAAUGGCUUCACAAACGCAAGAGCGGGGCAUCCGCAUUGCUAUAGACCGUGGUGGAACCUUCACGGAUUGCGUCGGAAACCCAGGCACAGGCAAGAUGGAGGACGACGUAAUCAUCAAACUCCUCUCCGAAGAUCCUUCCAAUUACGAAGACGCUCCCUUGGAAGGAAUUCGGCGGCUCAUGUCCAAAUUCCUCAAGAAGGAGAUCCCAAGGGGCGAGCCCCUUGAUACGUCGAAGAUUGAGUCGAUACGAAUGGGAACAACUGUUGCCACAAACGCUUUGCUAGAACGAAAGGGGGAGAAGAUUGCUAUGGUUGUGACGAAGGGCUUCAAGGAUUGCUUGGAGAUUGGUAAUCAGUCCAGGCCCAGGAUCUUUGAUCUUGCGAUUAAGAAGCCGGAUGUUCUCUAUGAGCACGUGGUUGAGAUCAACGAGAGGGUUACUCUUGAGGACUAUGCGGAGGAUCCAGAACGGAAUGUUACCAAAGUCGAGCAACAUAAUUCGGAAUCUGGGGAUGCGGAGCUUGUCCGAGGCCUUUCUUCCGAAGCUGUCCGGGUAUUGCAACGACCAAACGAGGACACGAUUCGAGAACAGUUGCAGGUCGUUUAUGACAAAGGAAUCAGAAGCAUAGCAGUAUGCUUGAUGCAUGGAUAUACGUUUCCAAACCACGAGGCAUUGGUAGGCACGAUAGCCCGAGAUAUCGGAUUCCAGCACGUUUCUCUAAGUCAUGAGCUGAUGCCAAUGAUAAAAUUGGUUCCAAGAGCAACAUCUGCAUGUGCCGAUGCAUAUCUCACCCCAGCCAUCAAAAAGUACAUUGCGGGCUUCCAAAGGGGAUUUGAAGGUGGUCUGGGAACGGAGAGUGUGAAGAAUGAGAAAGGAGCAAAGGGAGCGAGGUGUGAAUUUAUGCAGAGUGACGGCGGUUUAGUGGAUGUGGACAAGUUUUCUGGGCUGAAGGCAAUUCUCUCAGGCCCAGCUGGAGGUGUAGUUGGAUAUGCACUAACCUCGUAUGAUGCUGAGACUAAGACCCCGGUGAUUGGAUUCGAUAUGGGUGGAACUUCUACCGAUGUCUCGAGAUACGGCUCUGGAAGAUACGAGCAUGUCUUUGAGACGACCACUGCUGGCGUUACCAUCCAGUCUCCUCAGUUGGACAUAAAUACUGUCGCUGCUGGCGGAGGGUCGCGUCUAUUCUUCAAAAAUGGGUUGUUCGUCGUUGGCCCAGAAUCAGCCGGUGCACAUCCAGGUCCAGCCUGCUACCGGAAAGGAGGUCCAGCCACUGUUACUGACGCGAAUCUUUUCCUGGGUCGCCUACUGCCUGACUUCUUCCCCAAAAUCUUCGGGAAGAAAGAAAAUGAGGGCCUUGAUGUUCAAGCAAGUGAGAAACUUUUAAAGGAGCUCACCGAGAAAAUCAACAAGGAAACUGGCAAAAAUAUGAGCGCUGACGAGGUGGCAUAUGGUUUCUUGACUGUCGCUAAUGAGACCAUGACGAGACCAAUUCGGUCACUGACUGAAGCUAAAGGUCAUGAUACGUCAAAGCAUCGCCUGGCGACUUUUGGCGGUGCUGGUGGGCAACAUGCUGUGGCAAUUGCUGAGAGCCUUGGGAUUCGACAAAUCCUUGUUCAUAGAUACUCAUCUGUACUCUCAGCAUAUGGAAUGGCGUUGGCGGAUGUCGUCGACGAGAGACAAGAACCGGAAUCUAAAGUCUGGGCUGAUGGUGGGGUCAAGGACGAAUUGAAGAAAAAGAUCAACGAGCUAAAAGAGAAGUCAAGAGAAGCUCUGAAGGAGCAGGGAUUUGACAACAGCUCGAUCGUUUAUGAGGAGUAUUUGAACAUGCGGUACCGUGGGACAGAAUCAGCACUUAUGGUUGUGAAACCAGAGAAGGAAGACGUUGAAAAAGAGUUUGGGGGUGAUGAAUGGGCGUUUGGAAAAGCAUUCGUAAAACAGCACCAACAGGAGUUUGGAUUCACAUUGCCAGAUAGAGAUAUAAUUGUGGAUGACGUGAGAGUUCGUGGAAUUGGAAAGAGUUUUGAGGGUCUUGGAAAGACUGUCGGUCAGCAGUUGAAGGCGCUCAAGCCAAAGGAUGUAAAGUCUGGGGGUAAGGAGUACAAGCGUUCGAAGGUAUAUUUUGACGGCAAGCGACAUGAUACCCCGAUCUACAAGUUGGAGGAUCUUGAGGUUGGUGAUAGGGUCAAGGGCCCGGCAAUUCUUGCAGAUGGAACUCAAACCAUCGUCGUUACUCCUGGUGCAGCGGCAUUGAUCCUUGACACCCACGUAGUCAUCAACAUUGGAGAGAAGGAACUGAAUGAUGCGUCAUCGAAGCCAGACACCACCAAAGAAGUUGAUCCCAUUAUGCUGAGUAUAUUCGCCCAUCGAUUCAUGGCCAUCGCGGAACAGAUGGGUAGAGCUCUUCAGAAGACAAGUGUCAGCACCAAUGUCAAGGAACGCCUCGAUUAUUCGUGUGCUCUCUUCGACUCGACUGGCGGACUAGUGGCAAAUGCACCCCAUCUUCCAGUGCAUCUGGGAUCCAUGUCAACAUGUGUAAAACGACAAGCUGAGAUCUGGCGUGGAAAGCUGGUCAAAGGAGACGUUAUUGUUUCAAACCACCCAGAAUAUGGUGGAACCCAUCUUCCAGAUAUCACCGUCAUCACUCCAGCGUUUGACGAAGCCGGAAAGAAAAUCCUAUUCUACGUGGCCUCUAGAGCUCACCACGCUGAUAUUGGAGGGAUUCUACCUGGAAGCAUGCCACCACAUUCUCGAGAACUCUACCAAGAAGGAGCGGCGAUCAAAUCCGAGAAACUUGUUAGUGCUGGUCGAUUCAACGAGGAUCGAAUUACAGAACUCCUCUUGAAAGAACCUGCCAAGUAUGAGGGAUGUAGCGGAACAAGAUGUUUAGCUGACAAUAUUUCCGACUUGAAAGCCCAGAUCUCGAGUAAUAUGAAGGGCAUCAAUCUCAUUUCUACUCUUAUUGAAGAGUAUGGAGAGGAGGUUGUCAACUUUUACAUGAUCAACAUUCAGAAAAACGCCGAGCUGAGCGUCCGGAAUCUACUGAAGGAUGUCAGCAAGCGAUUUGAGGGUCAGGAUCUCUCGGCGGUGGACUACAUGGAUGACGGAAGCCCAAUCAAGCUUAAGAUUACCAUUGAUGCCGAGAAGGGAGAGGCGGUCUUCAACUUUGAUGGGACAGGCCCUGAAGUCUAUGCCAACACCAACGCACCUCAAGCAGUAACCUACAGUGCAAUUAUCUACUGUCUCCGCUGUCUCAUCUCGGAAGACAUCCCCCUAAACCAAGGCUGCUUGAAACCAAUCAAAGUCCUCAUCCCACCAAAAUCUUUCCUCUCACCCUCCGACAAAGCAGCAGUCGUUGGCGGAAACGUCCUGACUUCGCAGCGCGUUACGGACGUCAUCCUUAAGGCAUUCCAAGCUUGCGCUGCAAGCCAAGGGGACUGCAAUAACCUGACAUUUGGCUUCGGGGGCAACAUCGAAGGACAGAAAGAGCAGAAGGGCUUCGGGUAUUACGAGACCAUUGCUGGUGGUUCGGGCGCCGGCAAGGAUUGGGAUGGCACGAAUGGCGUGCACACACAUAUGACGAACACGCGCAUCACAGACGCGGAAGUAUUCGAGCGUCGCUAUCCCGUGAUACUGCGAGAGUUCUCGCUGCGUGCUGGUUCCGGAGGCGCAGGCAAGCAUCGCGGUGGCGAUGGAGUGAUACGCGAUAUCGAGUUCCGGAUUCCCGUGCAGGUGUCUAUCUUGAGUGAGCGGAGAGUAUACCACCCGUACGGUCUCGCUGGUGGCGAGGAUGCACAGUGCGGCUUGAAUAUCUGGGUGAGGAAAGUGGAGACGAGUAAUCCCGAGAGGUCGGACAAGAUGCUCAACGGCACGGAUGAGAAGCUCGAGGAAGCUGUGUUUGAGGAGCGGCGGAUCAAUAUGGGUGGGAAGAAUACUGCUGCUAUGAAAGCAGGCGAGAGGAUCAUUGUAUGUACGCCUGGUGGUGGCGGAUGGGGAAAGGUUGGCGAGGCAAAGGACAUCAAGAAGAAUGUGGACCCGAAGCACUCGUGGAAAGGUGGGAGUCAUGGAAGCAGAGAGGAGAUGGCGCUUCAGGCGUAG